ACUAAGUCUAUCAUCAAACUCUCUUGUUUAAGAGAGCACAUGUUCAGUUUUCAACAACAUGUUUUGUUUGGGAUAUUCAGGUUCUUUUUGUGCAUACCUAUCUAAGAAAGAUCCAGCUUAUGACAAAGGAGAAAAGGAAAGCAUAUUUGAUCUGCUUAAAGAAGAGUACGGAUAAUGGAGAUAGGCUCGUCGUCCACGGUGGCUGGAGGAGGACAGCUUUCGGUUCCUCCAGGUUUUCGGUUUCAUCCAACGGAGGAGGAGCUUCUAUAUUAUUACCUCAAGAAGAAGGUUUCUUAUGAACCAAUUGAUUUAGAUGUUAUUAGAGAAGUUGAUCUCAACAAGCUUGAGCCUUGGGAACUUAAAGAGAAAUGUAGAAUCGGGUCGGGUCCUCAGAACGAGUGGUACUUCUUUAGCCACAAAGAUAAGAAAUAUCCAACCGGAACCCGAACGAACCGGGCCACUGCAGCCGGGUUCUGGAAGGCUACUGGUAGAGACAAAUCUAUACACCUUAACAACUCCAAGAAGAUUGGACUCCGUAAGACUCUAGUCUUCUACACUGGUCGUGCUCCUCAUGGCAAUAAAACAGAAUGGAUCAUGCAUGAAUACCGCUUAGACGAUAAUGAAAACGAGAUCCAGGAAGAUGGGUGGGUUGUAUGCAGAGUGUUCAAGAAGAAGAACCACUUCAGAGGGUUUCACCAAGAACAAGAUCAAGAUCAUUUCCAAUACAUAAGCACCAACAAUGAUCAUGAUAACCAUCAGCAUCAGCAUCACACUGAAUCCAAUUCAAACAAUCACUCUUCUCUGAUCCCACAUUCUCUGGAUCAUUAUCAUCACAUGGGAGGAAGGGUUCACAUGCCACUACAUGAGUUUGCAAACACUUUAAGCCACGGUUCAAUGCAUCUCCCUCAGCUCUUUAGCCCUGACUCGGCCCAACCGUUUGUGUCGUCAACAGACCUUGAAUGCUCACAGAAUCUAUUGAGGCUGACUUCUAACAAUAACUAUGGUGGAGACUGGACGUUUCUGGACAAGCUUCUCACUACGACCAACAUGAAUCAGCACGUGCAGAACCAUCAAGCAAAAUGUUUUGGUGACUCGAGUAACAACGGUAAUAACGACCAUGCUGUUACUUCUUCAUCUUCAAAUAAUCAAAGGUUCCCGUUUCACUAUCUGGGAAACGAUGCUACUCUUCUCAAGUUCCCAAAGUAGUCCAAUCAAAUUUGAUUUUUGA